AAUAUUGGGAGAUCAGGACACGUCAAAUCAACAAACACACACUGGCCACUGCCCCCGACUUUUACGGUUUAAAUAACCACAAACACGGCGUUCAAUAUAUUUGCUCUCUUCUGCUCUGCUUCACCACCUCUACUUACAUAAAUACAUAUAAAUCCAUGUCUCUAUAGCACCAUAGCUGCUCAUACCAGGAGAAAUUUGAGUAUUAAGUAACAAAGAUGGAGAAUUAUCUCAAGGACUUUGAUAUUCCGGCGAAGCAUGCGCCGGAGGAAGCGCAGCUCCGGUGGAGAAACGCCGUCGGGAUAGUGAAGAAUCGCCGCCGUCGAUUCCGUCACAUUGUCGAUCUGGCGAAACGCAACGAGCAGAAGCUCAAGGUUCAAAAGAUUCAGGAAGAUCUGCGACUUGUUGUUACAACAAUUAAGGCAGCAUACAAGUUUAUCGAAGCCUUAAAGCCCUCCAAAGAGGCUAUAGAUGCAGGUUAUAAUAUUAAUCCUGAUAAGAUUGCAAAGAUUAUCAGAAGCCGUAACAAUAAAGUCUUGGAAGAGCACCAGGGAGUAAGUGGAGUGGCAGCUGAAUUAAAUGUCUCACUGGAUGAGGGAGUAGAGACAACUGACUUGCCUAAACGGCAAAAGUUCUUGGGCGUCAACAGAUAUACUGAAAAACCAUCUAAAAGUUUUUGGCUGUUUGUCUGGGAGGCUUUACAUGAUUUGACCCUUAUUAUCCUUAUUGUUUGUGCUGUGGUUUCUAUAGGUGUAGGACUUGCCACUGAAGGGUUGCCAAAAGGCAUAUAUGAUGGGUUAGGAAUCAUACUUAGUAUUUUUCUGGUAGUCAUGGUGACUGCAAUUAGUGAUUAUAAUCAAUCCUUGCAGUUUAAAGAUCUGGACAAGGAGAAGAAGAAAAUAUCUGUUCAUGUAACAAGAGAUGGAACUAGACAAAAGGUGUCCAUAUUUGACCUGGUUGUUGGGGAUGUUGUCCACUUAUCGAUUGGAGAUCAAGUUCCAGCUGAUGGAUUGUUUAUAUCAGGAUACAGCUUGUUAAUUGACGAGUCAAGCUUGUCUGGGGAGAGUGAGCCAGUGAAUAUAAAUGAGAAAAAUCCUUUUCUACUUGCAGGGACCAAGGUGCAAGAUGGUUCAGGUAAGAUGCUGGUGACCACUGUUGGUAUGCGAACUGAAUGGGGCAAGUUGAUGGAAACAUUGAGUGAAGGAGGUGAAGAUGAGACUCCACUACAGGUGAAGCUGAAUGGUGUUGCUACAAUCAUAGGCAAGAUUGGCUUGAUUUUUGCUGUGCUGACAUUCUCUGUUCUGACAGUAAGAUUCUUGGUGGAGAAAGCAAUUCACCAUGAGUUCACCAGUUGGACUUCAGUUGAUGCUAUGAAGCUUUUGAAUUACUUUGCUACUGCAGUGACCAUAAUUGUUGUUGCUGUUCCAGAAGGACUACCUCUGGCAGUGACAUUGAGCCUUGCUUUUGCAAUGAAGAAGUUAAUGAAUGACAAGGCACUUGUGAGGCAUCUUUCCGCAUGUGAGACAAUGGGUUCUGCUACUUGCAUAUGCACAGAUAAAACAGGAACACUAACUACAAACCAUAUGGUAGUUGAUAAGAUAUGGGUAUGUGGGAAACCUGAAGAGAUGAAAGAUGGUGAAAAUCAUAAUACUAAUCAUUCUGAUGUAUCAGAAAAUGUAUUACCCUUUCUCUUGCAGGCUAUAUUUCAGAAUACUGCUUCAGAGGUUGUCAAAAAUAAAGAUGGAAAAACUUCUGUACUAGGUACACCAACAGAAUCAGCACUUGUAGAAUACGGAUUGCUACUGGGUGGUGAUUUUGAUGCACAGCGUCGAGAAAUCAAGAUGCUAAAAGUCGAACCCUUCAAUUCUGUUAAAAAGACGAUGUCUGUUCUUGUGGCUCUUCCAGAUGGUAGAACUAGAGCUUUCUGCAAAGGCGCAUCAGAGAUUGUAUUAGGAAUGUGUGAUAAGGUAAUUGAUUACAACGGGGAAACAGUUGACCUGUCGGAGGAAUUCGUACAAAACAUCACAGAUGUCAUCAAUGGUUUUGCCUGUGAUGCUUUAAGAACAAUCUGUUUGGCAUUUAAGGAUACUGACAACAAUUGUGAUGGGAUCGGUUUGCCUGAUAGUAGUUAUACAUUGAUUGCAGUAGUUGGUAUUAAAGAUCCUGUACGCCCAGGGGUCAAGGAUGCUGUUCGAACUUGUUUAGCUGCUGGAAUAACUGUGCGUAUGGUCACUGGUGACAACAUUAACACAGCGAAGGCCAUUGCAAAAGAAUGUGGAAUACUCACUGAAGGUGGUUUGGCCAUUGAAGGACCAGAUUUUCGCAACAAAAGUCCAGAUGAAUUGAUGGCGAUAGUACCACAUAUUCAGGUAAUGGCUCGAUCUUUGCCUUUGGACAAGCACAAGCUGGUAACCAAUUUAAGGAGCAUCCAUAAAGAGGUGGUUGCUGUAACUGGUGAUGGAACAAAUGAUGCUCCUGCUUUGCACGAAGCAGACAUUGGACUUGCAAUGGGUAUAGCUGGAACAGAGGUUGCCAAAGAAAAUGCUGAUGUCAUUAUAUUGGAUGACAACUUUUCAACAAUAGUAAAUGUUGCCAAAUGGGGGCGUGCUGUAUACAUUAACAUCCAAAAGUUUGUUCAGUUUCAGCUUACUGUUAAUAUUGUUGCUCUUAUGAUCAAUUUCAUUUCAGCAUGCAUCUCUGGAUCUGCUCCCCUCACUGCUGUGCAGUUGCUUUGGGUCAAUCUGAUUAUGGACACAUUAGGUGCAUUGGCACUGGCUACCGAACCAGCACAUGAAGGAUUGAUGAAUAGGCCCCCAGUGGGGAGGGGUGUGAGUUUUAUAACCAGAGCAAUGUGGAGGAAUAUAGCAGGUCAGAGUAUUUACCAAAUGGUCGUUCUGUUCGUGUUCAAUUUUGCAGGGAAGCAAAUUCUGGGACUCAAUGGUUCAGAUGCUACCAUUAUUGUCAAUACCUUCAUAUUUAAUACCUUUGUAUUCUGCCAGGUCUUUAACGAGAUAAACAGCCGAGAUAUUGAAAAGAUCAAUAUUUUCCGUGGCAUGUUCAGUAGCUGGAUAUUUAUUGGUGUCAUGUUGGCCACAGUGAUAUUUCAAGUUAUAAUAGUCGAGUUCCUAGGGGCCUUCGCAAGCACUGUGCCGCUGAGUUGGCAGUUGUGGUUACUGAGCAUCCUAAUUGGAUUUGUAGGCAUGCCUAUUGCAGUUGUUUUGAAGUGCAUUCCUGUUGAAAGAAGAGUUCCCAAGCACCAUGAUGGUUAUGAUCGGCUCGCCACGGGACCAGAAGCUGUAUGAUAUGAAGAGAAAUAAGUACUCUUCUUCUGGGAAAAAAUAACACGGGUCUACCACAAUAUCAAAUACUGGACCGUACGAACUAAUCUUUUAAUGUUAACUUGACCAAACCACUGUAUGUUUUCUUUGGAUAGAUCCACUGUUCAGCAAGUAUUGAGCAAAGUUGCAAAGUACUUUUGUUCUACGAACUUGAGGUGGUUUUCUUAUAAGCUGGUUUUGUAGUUCAUGAGCACUGUGUAGAGGCUAAAUUUGUAUACAUGUCUACCUUUUCUUUA